AUGCGCUCCAACAUCGCCCUCCUCGCCGCUACCGCCGCUGCCGCGCAGGCCAAGAUGAUCCGUGUCGACGUCGGCAUGGACGGGCUCACCUUCAGCCCCGACGUCAUCACCGCCGCCAAGGGCGACAUGCUCUCCUUCCACUUCUACCCUCAAAGGCACAGCGUCGUCCUCGGCACCAAGGACAAGCCCUGCGAGCCCGCCACCGAAGAACUCUUCUACUCUGGCUUCAUGCCCACCACCGAAGGCGAAGCCGCCUCCACGUUCAUGGUCACCGUCAACUCGACGGACCCGAUGUACCUGUACUGCUCCAGCGCCAAGCACUGCCAGGGCGGCAUGGUCGCCAUCGUCAACGGCGACAAGGACGCGCUCGACACGUACAAGACGGCCGCCGCCAAGGCCACCGACAACGUCUCCCCGAACUCGGUCACCGGCGGCACCAUCAUGAGCAACAACGGCGCCGGCAUGAGCACCGGCGGCACCAAGACGUCCGCCGGCGGCACGGGCGCCUCGGCGUCGAGCACGUCCAAGCCCGGGGCGGCGGCCGGCUUCAAGGCUUCCAUGGCGGGCGUGCUGGUGGCCGCGGGCGGCGUCGCUGCGAUGAUGCUGUAA